AAAGGAGAUCUCAUUUUGUUUGAGCCUGGGUAUAGUUGAAAUCAAACCACACACCGAGAGGGUAUGAUGGCUGAGAAGCCCCCGAAACCAGCCCCUCGAAGGAUCUUCCAAGAAAGGUUAAAGAUUACUGCUCUACCUUUGUACUUUGAAGGGUUUUUGUUAGUCAAGAGGUCAGAAUACCAGGAGUAUAAACAUUAUUGGACAGAGUUGAGAGGAACUACACUUUUCUUUUAUUCUGACAAAAAAAGUCCAACAUAUGUCGACAAGUUAGACCUAAUAGACCUCACAUGCCUUACUGACCAGAAUUCAACUGAAAAGAAUUGUGCAAAAUUCACCCUUGUUUUGCCAAAAGAGGAAGUGCAACUGAAGACAGAGAACACAGAAAGUGGGGAAGAAUGGAGAGGCUUCAUUCUUACAGUAACAGAGCUGUCAGUUCCCCUACACAUGUCCCUCCUCCCUGGGCAAGUAAUUCGACUGCAUGAAGUCCUACAGAGAGAGAAAAAAAGGAGGAUUGAGAUAGAGCGGACCCCGAGCUCAGCUAUGGAAAAGGAGAAGGAACCGAUUGAAGAUUAUGCAGAUGCACUGAGUCCUAUGCCAGCAUGUUUUUAUAUCGUGUCCCGGAAAGAAGCAACUGAGAUGCUUGAGAAGAACCCUUCUUUGGGAAAUAUGAUCCUGAGACCUGGUAGUGACAGUAAAAGCUACUCCAUCACUAUCCGGCAGGAGAUAGAUAUGCCAAGAAUCAAGCAUUACAAAGUGAUGAGUGUAGGAAAAAACUACACUAUUGAACUGGAAAAACCUGUAACACUCCCAAACCUUUUCAGUGUCAUUGAUUAUUUCAUGAAGGAGACUCAAGGAAAUUUACGACCAUUUAUAUAUUCAACUGAUGAAACCCUUGAGACCAAACGAUUUCCUGUAACACCUCUAAAAUUUAAAAAAAAUGUUUAG